AUGACAUCUGGCUUUCUUUGGACUUUCGCAGGCAAAGAGGACGAGGGACGCACGCUCUGGCUGGACACGCAAAGCCACGCCAGCAGCAACGCCAGCUCCGCCGACGACGACUACAGCUGGCAGUGGCCCACGAGUUUCUGGUCGCAAUUCAAAGUAUUAUCGGAGAGGAAUUUCCAGGAGGCACGGCCCCGAAUGCUCUCGCGUCUGAACUGGCUGCAAACGAUAGCGCUGGGCCUGCUGGCCGGCUUGCUGUGGUUCCGACUGCCCCGAAUCGAGGAGGCGCUCCAUGACAUUCAAGGCUGGAUGUUCUUCAGCACCACGUACUGGAUGCUGUUCGCGCACUUUGGCGCCCUCACGAGCUUUCCGCCGGAACGGGAGGUGAUCAACAAGGAGCGCCUGUCGGGCUCGUACCGCCUGUCGGCGUACUACCUGGCCAAGAUGGUCGGCGAGCUGCCGCUGACGAUCACCCUUCCCGCGGUCUACCACAUAAUCAGCUACCCGAUGCUCGGCUUCCACAGCCUCUCCGUGUUCGUCUCGCUGCUCGCGUUCCUGCUGCUCAACACGCUGGUGGCGCAGAGCGUCGGCUUCUUCGUGGGCGCCUGCUGCACGGACCUGCAGGUGAGCAUCACCGCGUCGGCGCUGUACACCCUGGCCACGCAGCUGUUGGGCGGCUACCUGGCCACGGCGGUGCCGCCCUGGCUGUCCUGGGCGCGCUACGUCAGCAUGGUGCACUACGCCUACCAGAACAUGCAGAUCCUGGAGUUCGGCGUCGGCGAGCCCAUCCUGUGCGCGCACACCAGCAAGUUCGCCGACUGCAAGGACAGCGCGACGAUACCGGUGUCGGCGAUCCUCGACAGCCAAGGCGGCAGCCUGCCCUUCUGGGCCAACACGCUCGUGCUCCUCGCCUUCCUCGUCGUCUUCAGGACAAUGGGCUACCUCGUCCUGCGCUACUACCGCGUGCCCAAGUAAGGCGGACCUGCCCAGCUAUCGAGAGUCGUCGACCGAGUAUGAACAAAAUAACGAUGCGGAGGAAGAAUCACACCACGACCACGUAGUAUGCAAUUUUUUAACGGCGUGCGACAGCGGAUCUUUAUUUUCUGUUUGCUACCUUUUCUUUUCAUUGUUAAUUAUUACUCUCAUUAUUACCGAACUAUUGCUAUUACUGCUAUUAAUAUUAUUAUUAUAUUAUUAUCAUUACUAUUAUUAUGACCACCAUUAUUUUAUUACUAUUGCUAUUUUUAUUACUUUUCAACUUUAAUACUAUCACAAUCGUGUAAUUUAAUUGUUACUUUAUAAUAAAACAAGACGAAAAAAGAAAAAAGAAAAAAACAGCGGCGCGCAUCGGUAUGUCAUCGAGCGACGCCCCAAUGUUCGCAAUGAACGUUCGCUCUGGCGCGCGAGUCGCCUACUCUCGGCCCGCUCUUCGUUUCUCUAUCUCUAUCUAUCUUUCUCCGACUCUAAUCUUAUGGAUUUUUCAGAGAGCGAUUAUAACUGACGUUUUCAACGCGCACAGUGUUCAUUGGGCGCGACGACGCGAGAUUCAACCGGGGCGACUCGCGCGCUCGCUCGAUUACAUCAGCCGCUUCGGCCGACGCGAUUUUGUAUAGCAAUACAGUGUUAAGCGAGAACUAAGAGACUUGGCGGAGAAGACUAUAUUGUAAAAUUUUUUUACGAGGCGAAAUGCGUGUGUGCAGUUCUGCGUGUGAGUGCGAUUUUGAGCGAGCGACUUUGAUAAAAUGACGGUUGAUAGGAGGCGAGAGUCCGCGUGUAUGUGUACUGUUGCAUUUUUAAUUUGAGCUGCAUCACUUUUUAUUGACUUCGCUUUCAAGCGCAGAAUUUCCAUAAAUGUACUAAGAAAGACUUUCUAAGCCGAAGCUUGAAAACGACGAACAAACCGACGAUGAUUGUAAAUCGGUACCGAGUUUCGAUGUUCGACGAGAAAAAGAGGCGAAGAAGCUGUUGGCAAGAACGAGAAUGAAAAAAAAAAAUGAAAAAAAGAAAAAAAUGAAAUCGUAGCGAAGUAGAGCAAUUCUGCGCGUACCCAACCCAGAACGAAAUGCCUCGAAUCGGAAAUUCGGAUAGUGAUAUGCAAUUUUUCCUUUGGAACGUCGACUCUGUUUUCUUGUUCUACGCUGUUUAUUUUCCAACGCGGCAAAAAGGGUACGUGACAUGUGAUUCAAAAGCUACAUUGACGACUAACUGCCGAAUCAAAUUGACUGAGAAUUUUUUCAAAUGUAAUCCAAAACUCUAGGCUAAGCAAAGUUUAAAAGAAAAAAAAAAGAUAACGACAAGAAACGUUCACAGUUUCAAUUUUCUUCUUUCUUCAUUUGUCUUUUUAUUAGUAAUUUACCAUGUUACAU